CCUCGGUUAUGUGUAUUUUCGCUCCACGGGCUCUCGUGUUUAAUACCCUUCUCAGCUACCCGACGUCGAUUUCAAUAAAAAUUCGCACCCUUUUCACAUUCGACGGGAACAAAGAGAUGAUCGCCUUUGGUCUCAUGAACGUUAUAGGCUCAUUCACGUCUUGCUACUUGACAACAGGACCCUUCUCAAAGACAGCGGUGAACUACAACGCGGGGACAAGGACCCCGAUGUCGAACAUUGUGAUGGGGUUCUGCAUGAUGCUUGUUCUUCUGUUCUUGGCCCCGAUCUUCAGCUACACGCCUCUUGUCGCCCUCUCGUCCAUCAUCAUGUCGGCUAUGCUCGGUCUUAUCGACUAUGAGGAGAUGUACCACCUCUACAAGGUCGAUAAAUUCGAUUUCCUCGUUUGUAUGACCGCCUUUUUUGGCGUUUCGUUCAUCAGCAUGGACUACGGCCUCCUCAUGUCGGUGGCGGUUUCGAUUGUGAGAUCGCUCUUGUACGUUGCUCGACCCGGGACAUGUAAGCUGGGAAGAAUGCCGAACUCCGUGACGUACAGGGAUGUCGAGCAAUACCCGGCUGCUGAGCAAAACGCCGGGUUCUUGAUUCUCCAAUUGGGUUCUCCAGUCUAUUUCGCCAACUCUACCUACGUCCGCGAAAGGAUCUUGAGGUGGAUCCGGGAUGAGACCGAACCUGUCGAGUUUCUUCUUCACGAGCUGUCGGGAGUUUCGGCCAUCGACAUGACCGGGAUCGAGACUUUGCUGGAAGUCCGAAGAAUUCUUGGAGCAAGAGGCAUUAAGAUGGCAAUAAUAAAUCCAAGAGUGGAAGUGUUGGAGAAGAUGACAUUGUCUCAUUUCGUUGAGAAGCUUGGCAAAGAGCACAUUUUCUUAUCCGUCGAAGACGCCAUCCAAUCAUGCCGGUUCUCUCUUUCGUCCCUUAAACCGGAACCCUAAUUUCCCUUCUUAGCAAUUUAUCUUUUAAAAUCCGGUUUACUUUGGUGGUCGGUUUAUGUGAGGGGUUAAUAAAUGGGGCUUAAAUCAAAUUUAAAAGGGAAAAACAAAAAGAAGAAGCUUGAUUAUAGCUUUUGGUCCAUUGUGACGAUGGAGGAGGGUUCUGCUCGGAGAAAAGCUGCUCGUUCAAAUGGAGGGUUUCAAGUGCCUUAAUUAUUUUUUGUUUCUCUCUAAAGCUUUUGGCACUUUUUUCUCUUGUGUAAUAAAUAUUUCCGGUGUAUCUGGAA